AUAGGGAUGCCAAAGGAAAAAUAUGAUCCUCCAGAUCCUCGCAGAAUUUAUACCAUCAUGUCAGCAGAGGAGGUAGCCAAUGGGAAAAAAUCUCAUUGGGCAGAAUUAGAAAUCUCGGGUAGAGUGCGGAGCUUAAGUACAUCACUUUGGUCACUGACACAUUUGACGGCACUGCACCUAAAUGACAAUUACCUUAGCCGCAUUCCACCUGAUAUUGCCAAGCUUCAUAAUCUGGUUUACCUGGAUCUAUCAUCCAAUAAACUCAGAAGUUUACCAGCAGAACUAGGAAAUAUGGUGUCUCUCAGGGAAUUGCUUUUAAAUAACAAUCUGUUACGGGUUUUGCCUUAUGAACUUGGUCGGCUCUUCCAGCUACAGACUCUAGGUUUGAAAGGCAAUCCUUUAUCACAGGAUAUUCUCAACUUAUACCAGGACCCAGAUGGAACCCGAAAGCUACUGAACUUCAUGCUUGACAAUCUUGCAGUUCAUCCAGAGCAGCUUCCUCCGAGGCCAUGGAUUACCUUAAAAGAACGAGACCAAAUUCUGCCCUCAGCAUCAUUCACGGUUAUGUGUUACAAUGUGUUAUGUGAUAAAUACGCUACCCGGCAGCUAUAUGGCUAUUGCCCAUCCUGGGCUUUAAACUGGGAAUACAGGAAAAAGGGAAUUAUGGAAGAAAUUGUUAACUGUGACGCAGAUAUCAUUAGUCUUCAGGAAGUGGAAACAGAGCAAUACUUCACUCUCUUUCUGCCAGCAUUGAAGGAGCGUGGAUAUGAUGGAUUUUUUUCUCCAAAGUCACGUGCCAAAAUCAUGUCUGAGCAGGAGAGAAAGCAUGUGGAUGGUUGUGCAAUAUUCUUCAAAACAGAAAAAUUUACAUUGGUGCAGAAGCAUACAGUGGAAUUUAACCAGGUGGCAAUGGCUAAUUCAGAUGGAUCCGAAGCUAUGCUGAACAGAGUAAUGACAAAAGAUAACAUUGGUGUUGCUGUGGUAUUAGAGGUCCACAAAGAACUAUUUGGAGCAGGUAUGAAGCCUAUUCAUGCUGCAGACAAACAGCUGCUUAUAGUGGCAAAUGCCCACAUGCAUUGGGACCCAGAGUAUUCCGAUGUGAAACUCAUCCAGACCAUGAUGUUUGUCUCAGAGGUUAAAAACAUUCUGGAGAAAGCCUCUAGUAGGCCUGGCAGUCCAACUGCAGAUCCCAAUUCCAUCCCGCUGGUGCUAUGUGCAGAUCUUAACUCAUUGCCAGAUUCAGGUGUUGUAGAAUAUCUAAGCAAUGGAGGAGUAGCUGAUAACCAUAAAGACUUCAAGGAACUAAGGUACAAUGAAUGUCUUAUGAACUUCAGCUGCAAUGGAAAGAAUGGAAGCUCAGAAGGGAGAAUCACACAUGGCUUCCAACUGAAGAGCGCCUAUGAAAAUAACUUGAUGCCUUACACCAAUUACACCUUUGAUUUCAAAGGCGUGAUUGAUUACAUUUUCUAUUCCAAGACUCAUAUGAACGUGCUUGGUGUCCUGGGGCCUUUAGAUCCUCAAUGGCUGGUUGAGAACAACAUCACUGGGUGUCCACACCCUCACAUCCCUUCAGACCACUUCUCACUGUUAACACAACUUGAACUCCACCCUCCACUCCUGCCUCUUGUCAAUGGUGUUCACUUGCCUAAUCGGAGGUAGUGGAGUACUGCCCCGCAAAGACGGGGAUCUGUUGCUAUGGACCUGUACAGUUGUAAAUCAGAGUAUGUAGGAGUGAAGUAUGGCUAUCCUUAAGCUGCUUCUUCAGGUUCCUUUCAUUAUGUCUUUGCUAUAAGAUUUUGUACAUUUUUGUGCAUAUUGGUAUCAUUUGGCACUAGUGUUGGAACCAAAGUAGUAUUCUACUCAAAAUUUUAAUUUAAAUAUUUUU